GGAAUUGGGAGGACGUCGCACCAACAACAAGCAAACGAGCAAAAGAAGCAAGCAAGGGAGUCAGGCCCUUUGGUUGCGCUCAACGGCCAUGAUGGACGUUGGCUUCGCAGACCAGCAGCCACCGCAUGACGGUCUGCAUGGCCAGCUGCUGGGUGCGCAGCUGGAGCUGCCCAAGAACGGAACAUGCAAAACGCUCGUGUUCGGCCGCAGAGGAAAGGUGGACUGGUUCUUGCUCGGCAUCGGCAUGUUCCAGCUUCUCGGGUUUGCCUUCAUCAUGCUGUAUCAGUACUUGAAGAAGAUCAAGGCCGUCAAAGGCCUGCCGGUGACGGGCAACCUCACCAUGUUUCCGGCCUACAUGCGCAUCAUGUGGGCGUUUGGGCUCACAAUCGCCUUCUUCCUGGGCGGAAACCUGUACUUCAACACCCGCCCGUUCAUCGCCGACUACGCCAUCGAGGAGGCCGUGUAUUGGGGCGUGGCCAACUGGAUCUACCACACCGUCGUGGACGGCAUCCUCAUCUUCCUUUGCUUUCGCGGGUCCGGCAUACGCAGCUUGCGCAACGCUGCCAUCGUCUCCGCGGUCGUCGGCUUUGUCUACGGCGUCGGCACCACGCUGGCCUUGCUCGCAUCCCACUGGGCACCCCACCACGACCUCGACUACGGCCUCGCCGUGCAGCUGUCCACGGAGGGCUUGCUCCUUGUCAUGUACCUCAUCGUACUCUUUGCGCCGUAUCGUGUCCUGUACCGGCGUCCGGCGGCCAUUCUCUACGCCGGGUGCUGGUGCAUCUACAGGCCCAUCUACAUGACCACUCUCGUCCUCAUGUACCUCAACGUCGACGCCGGCUUCUGCCUCUACGGCGCCAUCACCACCUUCGCGUGGAACGCCGUCAAGCCUGGCCUCAUCUACUUCACCCUGCAGCGCGACCAGCGGUACUGGGUCGGGUCCUUUGCCACUCGGCAGAGCACGCUCCGGGGCAGCACAAGGGCCACCAGCAGUAGCCGCGAGUCGCUUGCCACGGGAAAAGGAGGAGGUGGUGGUGGCGGUGGCGGUGAUGAGGAUGACGAGGAGUGCCCGCUGCUGCCCAUGAUGCAAGGCGACCAGCUGGACGAUGUUGCCGCAAGUGCGCUCGGCAGAUACAUGGACGUGGUUGGGGACAUGUGCCCAAUGAUCGACAUGGCAAACCUCAAGUUCCAGAAGCUGGAAGACAACAUUGCGCCAGAGGAGGUGCUGAAGCGGCGGCUGCUGGGCGCGGGCGGAACGGGCCGCGUGUACCGUGGCGUGUACGAGGGCAAGGACGUUGCAAUCAAGAUGCUGUAUUGCAUACAGCUGGAGAAGGACACCAUUCGCAACUUCUGCCUGGAAAACAGCCUCCUGUGCACCAUUCGCCACCCAAAUGUCGUGCAAGGCGAGGGCGUGUGCGUCGCUCCACCGGCAAUUGCCUCCGUCAUGGAACUCUGCUCAGGCAAUCUGCUUGAGCUGUUUGGGAUGCAGCGGCGGGAUAAGCAGCUUGCCGACUGGGACGUGCGCCUCAACAUGGCCAUCGACUGCUGUCGCAGCGUCGCCUGCCUUCAUCGCCUUGGCCUUGUGCAUUGCGACAUCAAGAGCUGCAACUUCCUCGUGUGCCAGGAGAGCGUCAGCAAGUGGACAAACCGCGAUGUGCUGCUGUGGCUCAAAACAAUGGGGUUGGACGACUUCGUUCCGGAUUUUCGCCGCGCGGGCACGUGCGGGUGGGGAACGGGCCCCCACAACCCUGGCCUGCUGCAGCUUGAGCCAGCACACCUACGCACGGUCGUGAGCACGCGGCGGCAGCAGCUGGCGUCAUAUCCGCACCUCGUACGGGAGGUGAAGGAGCUGCGUCGCUACAUCAUCAGGCGUCGACAGGGCGCGCUGGUGAAAAUCACCGAUUUGGAGCUAAGCCGUGACACGUGUCGUUUUUACGGCGGGUGA